UCAGUCAUUGUAUUCUGUGACCCCUUUUCCUCACCUCUGCCUGCUUCCUCACAGCUUGAGGCAGCCCUGGGUGAGGCCAAGAAGCAACUUCAGGAUGAGAUGCUGCGGCGGGUGGAUGCUGAGAACAGGCUGCAGACCAUGAAGGAGGAACUGGACUUCCAGAAGAAUAUCUACAGUGAGGAGCUGCGUGAGACCAAGCGCCGUCAUGAGACACGGCUGGUGGAGAUUGACAAUGGGAAGCAGCGUGAGUUUGAGAGCCGGCUGGCGGACGCCCUGCAGGAACUGCGGGCCCAGCAUGAGGACCAGGUGGAGCAGUACAAGAAGGAGCUGGAGAAGACAUAUUCCGCCAAGCUGGACAAUGCCAGGCAGUCUGCUGAGAGGAACAGCAACCUGGUGGGGGCCGCCCACGAGGAGCUGCAGCAGUCUCGCAUCCGCAUCGACAGCCUCUCCGCUCAGCUCAGCCAACUCCAGAAGCAGCUGGCAGCCAAGGAGGCGAAGCUUCGAGACCUGGAGGACUCGCUGGCCCGUGAGCGGGAUACCAGCCGGCGGCUGCUAGCGGAAAAGGAGCGGGAGAUGGCCGAGAUGCGGGCAAGGAUGCAGCAGCAGCUGGAUGAGUACCAGGAGCUUCUGGACAUCAAGCUGGCCCUGGACAUGGAGAUCCACGCCUACCGCAAGCUCUUGGAGGGCGAGGAGGAGAGGCUACGCCUGUCCCCCAGCCCCACCUCGCAGCGUAGCCGCGGCCGUGCUUCCUCGCACUCAUCCCAGACACAGGGUGGGGGCAGCGUCACCAAAAAGCGCAAGCUGGAGUCCGAGAGCCGCAGCAGCUUCUCACAGCACGCACGCACUAGCGGGCGUGUGGCCGUGGAGGAGGUGGACGAGGAGGGCAAGUUUGUCCGGCUGCGCAACAAGUCCAAUGAGGAUCAGUCCAUGGGCAAUUGGCAGAUCAAGCGCCAGAAUGGAGAUGAUCCCUUGCUGACUUACCGCUUCCCACCAAAGUUCACCCUAAAGGCUGGGCAGGUGGUAACGAUCUGGGCUGCAGGAGCUGGGGCCACCCAUAGCCCCCCUACCGACCUGGUGUGGAAGGCACAGAACACCUGGGGCUGCGGGAACAGCCUGCGCACGGCUCUCAUCAACUCUACUGGGGAAGAGGUGGCCAUGCGCAAGCUGGUGCGCUCAGUGACUGUGGUUGAGGACGACGAGGAUGAGGAUGGAGAUGACCUGCUCCAUCACCACCACGGCUCCCACUGCACCAGCUCGGGGGACCCCGCUGAGUACAACCUGCGCUCGCGCACCGUGCUGUGCGGGACCUGCGGGCAGCCUGCCGACAAGGCAUCUGCCAGCGGCUCAGGAGCCCAGGUGGGCGGACCCAUCUCCUCUGGCUCUUCUGCCUCCAGUGUCACGGUCACUCGCAGCUACCGCAGUGUGGGGGGCAGUGGGGGUGGCAGCUUCGGGGACAAUCUGGUCACCCGCUCCUACCUCCUGGGCAACUCCAGCCCCCGAACCCAGAGCCCCCAGAACUGCAGCAUCAUGUAAUCUGGGACCUGCCAGGCAGGGGUGGGGGUGGAGGCUUCCUGCUUCCUCCUCACUUCAUGCCCACCCCCUGCCCUGCACCUCAUGGGAGGGGGCUUCAAGCCAAAGAAAAAUAACCCUUUGGUUUUUUUCUUCUGUAUUUUUUUUUUUCCAAGAGAAGUUAUUUUCUACAGUGGUUUUAUACUGAAGGAAAAAAAAAACAAAAAAAAAAAAAAAAAAAAAAAAAAGCAUCUAUCUCAAUCCUAAUUUCUCCUCCCUUCCUUUUCCCUGCUUCCAGGAAACUCCACAUCUGCCUUAAAACCAAAGAGGGCUUCCUCUAGAAGCCAAGGGAAAGGGGUGCUUUUAUAGAGGCUAGCUUCUGCUUUUCUGCCCUGGCUGCUGCCCCCACCCCGGGGACCCUGUGACAUGGUGCCUGAGAGGCAGGCAUGGAGGCUUCUCCGCCAGCCUCCUCUGGACAGCAGGCUCACUGCCAGGCCAGCCUCCAAGAGGGAGAGAGAGAAAGAGAGAGGACGGCUUGAGCUGGGCCCCUGGGCUUGGCCUCCCGUGAUUCCACUACACCUGGCUGAGGUUCCUCUGCCUGCCCCACCCCCAGUCCCCACCCCUGCCCCCAGCCCCGGGGUGAGUCCAUUCUCCCAGGUACCAGCUGCGCUUGCUUUUCUGUAUUUUAUUUAGACAAGAGAUGGGAAUGAGGUGGGAGGUGGAAGAAGGGAGAAGAAAGGUGAGUUUGAGCUGUCUUCCCUAGCUUUAGAGCCUGGGUGGGCUCUGUGCAGUCACUGGAGGUUGAAGCCAAGUGGGGUGCUGGGAGGAGGGAGAGGGAGGUCACUGGAAAGGGGGAGAGCCUGCUGGCACCCACCGCGGAGGAGGAAGGCAAGAGGAGGUGGAGGGGUGUGCCACUGUUUUGGCAAACACUAAAGAACCCUUGCCUUCCCAUUUCCCGUCUGCACCCCUUCUCUCCUCCCCAAAUCAAUACACUAGUUGUUUCUA